AUGGUCGGCGCGGACGGUGAGACCCCUGCGCGGGAGCCAGUGCCAUUGGUGGUGGUGAGCCCGAUGCACGUGAUGACGCUGUCGGCCCGCCGGUCCUGGGGCGUGCGCGUGGCCCAGCGCCUCCACGCCAUCUCCCAGCGGUGGUUCACACAUGUGCUCCUGCUCGUCCUGUUGGCCGCCUAUGCAAUGCUCGGCGCCCUUGCGUUCCGCUACCUGGAAGGGCCCUACGAAGCACGCGCGAAGACGGGUCUCCGUCAGGUGCGUCGGCUCCUCAUGGAUGAGCUACGCCGGAGCUGCGGGACGACUGACGAGCACCGGUGGCGGCGGCUGGCUCUGCGGCGGCUGCAAGAGUACGAGAUGCAGAUGCGUUCUCUCUGUCAGGCCGGCGUAACCACGGACGCCGAGCGCCAGCUGUGGACCUUCUGGGGCGCCAUGUUCUACUGCGGAACCGUGUUCACAACUAUCGGUUACGGGAACAUCGCACCGAGCACCACCACCGGCCGGGCAGCGACCAUCGCUUACGCAUUAUUUGGCAUUCCACUGCUGCUCAUGGUGCUGGCCGACCUCGGCAAGCUAUUCACACGCCUCAUCAAGCUCGCCUUCAGCACCAUUCGGCGUUUCUACAACACUAAGAACAUGCGCAGCCUGCGCAGGGCCAGCCGAAGGGCCACCGAAGCACCGGGACAGAUUCUUGUGGCCUGGAGGACCAAAGCAUCGUAUCCACCCAGAGAGCGAAUACGCCGUGCCCGCUUACGGACGGAGGUCGCUGACGAGGUCGCCGCCGAAGCACGAGUUCCAGUCUCACUAGUGCUGCUCUUCCUGCUGGCCUACAUGACGCUGGGCGCACUCAUGUUCUCGCUGUGGGAGGGCUGGACCUUCUUCGAGGCAUUCUACUUCGUGUUCGUGUCCAUGAGUACUAUCGGUUUCGGAGACUACGUGCCACAACAGCCAGCGUUCAUGAUGGCCGCCUUUGUCUACCUCCUCUUCGGCCUGGCGCUCACUUCCAUGUGCAUUACCGUAAUUCAGGAAAAAUUGGCAGCCACGUUCGCGAAGGCUCAAGCCCAGAUCGGCGUCUCGCUGGGACUCGACGACGCCAGUGGCCUGCUGGGCGGCGCUUAUGUGCAGUCGGCGCACAACGGACCCGUUUUAAACGCGCAGCUUGUUUAGGAACCUAGGUGUCAUAUCACCGGUAUUAUAUUCAGUAGUCUAAAGCGGUUCAUGAUAAUACACAGGCCCUGCUCGACGGCAUUUCCACCGAUAUGAGCGAAUGUCACUCGCGAAACACUGCGCAAAGUAGCAAUCUACAUUCGUUUGCGCGCGUAAUGCUAGAGCUUGCAGUGGCGUCAACGAAGGUUUCGCAGCUGUCGAAACAUCUGCAGUCAGCGAUUUCGUUGACAAUAAAAAACAUUGAAUUAUUAUUACUUAUGCUGAAAGCGCAUAAAGCAUGACGAAAGAGCUUAUUUUUUACUUCUAGAUAAUAAACGUUGCAUCGUACAAACUCCGAACGGAUGGCUUAAGUCUGUUCAGUUUA